AUGGCCGUGGCGGACCGGGACGAGCUCUGGGAGGUAAAGUGUCAGUGUACGGAGUUUGAAGCCAUCCAAAACGGAGAGCAGCACAAGCUCAGCCAGCACGCUUCGGACUCCACCCUCUCGCCGGAUACCGUUGUCGAGGCGCGAUGGGCGCCGCACGCGCACCUGCAUAAUCACACCCUGGAGCUACUAGACCUGCAGCCCGUCACUGGCUGGGUGAGCGAGCUCGCGCGCGGCAUGGCGGUGCUCAACAACUACCAGAUCAACGUGGGCUCGCCCUUCUCCGGCACCUCCCUCCACUUCCACUACAUGGCGGUGAGCGCAUUGCUGCACGGCCGGAAGCGGUGGUUCCUAUACCCUCCUGCCGACGCAUCGUACAGCAACGCCCACUUCUUUGAUGACUUUGAGCCUGCGCGCCGCGGUCAGCUCGGCCGCCAGCUGGAGUGCACGCAACAGGCUGGCGACGUCUUGUUUGUGCCCAGCCUCUGGGCGCACGGCGUGCUCUACGAGGAGAACUCGGUCUCGGUCUCCUUUCUAUACAGUGAUAGCCAGAGUUCAGGCGGGACAUAG